CCCGCACUCAUUGCUCUGAAACAAAUGCAAACGAUUAAAUUACAAGGUUAACGCUUCCCAUCCAAUAGCAGAAAUUAAAUUUCUCUAUCACUAACUGGUAACGUUUCGUUACACUCUCCAAGUGCGGCCCCGCUCGUGCUCUGAACUCUAUAGUAUCACGUGAUGGUUACGCAGCCCGGAUAUCCGAGAUGGCGGCGAGCUGAAAAAUUCUAUCAUGACUGCUCAGCUCCACUGCUUAGCUCUACAAAAACACUUGUACAUAUACAACCAUUGUUGUUUUCAAUAUCAAAUACGAUGCUCCGCACUAACAUCACCAGAGCCGCCCGCGUCAGCGGAAUCCGUGCCUUCCACGCGUCCGCCGCUGCCCGCGCCCAGAGCCCUAAAUCGCCGCUCCAGGUCUUCUACGAGACGUUCAAAACGGAAGUGAAGAAGUCCAACGAGUUGAAGGACUCCAUGAAAGCGUUAUCCGACGAAACGGGACGUAUGGCUGAGUCUGACUCGUUUAAGAAGGCCAAAGAGGCGUACGACAAGGCGCAGCAGGGUCGUUCCGCUGCGGGUGAGGUCCUCAAGAAGACCGGUGAGGCCGUGGGAUCCGCCGCUGUGAAGGCAUGGGAGUCGCCGGUGGGUAAAGCUACCAGAACCACCGUCGUCAAAACCGCCGAAGUCGUGGACAAAGUCAUGGAGCCGGUCAGACAGACGCAGGCGUACAAAGACUUGUCUGAGGUUAUCGAUGAUGGGUCUUCCACCGCAUACGGUGGGUUCGUUACCAAGGAACAAAGAGAAAGAUACAAGGAAACAGAGUUGAAGGAAAACUACAAGCGUAUCGUCAAGGCGAACGAAGAAGCCGGUAACGCGUUGGUCGCCACGGAUAUCAAGCCGGACGGGCCAUCUACCAGCGAAAAGUGGGAGGCGUACAAGGUCCAGACACCCGUCGGGAGAUUUGUGGCGGAUACCAAGAUGAAGUGGGACGAGUCUGAGAACGGGCUAAUCUCGCUUGUCAGAACCGUCGGGGAGAAGGUUGGGGGCUUCUUCUCCGAGACCGAGACUGCACGUGUGUAUAGACAGUUCAAGGAGAUGGACCCAACCUUUACCAUGAACGGAUUUCAGGAGCACUUGCGUAACUACAUCAUUCCGGAAAUUUUGGAUUCUUACGUCAAAAACGACGAGAAGGUGUUGAAGGAGUGGUUGAGUGAGGCGCCGUUCAAUAUUUGGCAAGCACAGACCAAGCAGUUUACUGAGCAAGGCUUGUUCUCUGACAGUAGGAUCUUGGACAUCAGAGGGAUCGACAUCAUGUCCGCCAAGCUCCUUCCGCCUAACAAUGUGCCGGUGGUUGUGGUGUCAUGCAGAGCCCAGGAGGUUGCCUUAUACAGAAACGCCAAGACCGGCGAGAUCGCCGCGGGAACCUUGGGAAACAUUCAGUUGAGCACCUACGCCAUGGUGUUGACCAGAAUCCCGGAGGAGUUGGACAACCCGGAGACCGGUGGGUGGAAGAUUAUGGAGUUUGUUAGGGGUGGCUCUAGACAGUUCACCUAAGUAAUGUUUAAUGAGUAUGGAAU